CUUAAAACUGUCAACUUCGCUUGUCAAUGAAGUGUCAAAAGCAAUAAAAAUAAUGGCGUAAUAUAAUGAAUGAAAAAUAUUGAUAAAUACACCGAAAUAAUUGAUUUACAGUCGUUUUCGUCGUUAUUGUUCGUAAUUUAAAUUGGCGAAGGAACCAACCGAAACAUGUCGUUCAAAAAAAGCGUCGAUAGCACGUUUCAAUCGAAAAUCAGCAGAAACGAUCGUUUCGCUCAAAUGUCCCAACAGGAAAAAUUAAUAGAACAAAAGAAACGGGAAAUAUUGGCGAAGCUCGAGGCGAAAGAUAAAGUGGUUAAAGUAGAGAAUAAACCGAAACCUGAGCCUUGUACCAGCAAACCGCCCCCUAAAAGUAUCGAUUCGGACGCCGCCAAUUCCGAAAUAAAAAACGUAUUCUCCAACGACGGCUCGUUCCUCGAGCAAUUCAAGCAAAUGAAGGAAGUAAAAAAAACCGACACCAAGUACAAAUCGUUUAACAAAUCCAAAGGACGUCACGAAAAACUAUCGAACGAUGAACGAAGCAAAAGCGACAGAUGGAACUCGAGGAGAUCGCCGUCUCCGAGAGACGGGCAACCGAAGAGGCAGUCGCGCUUCGACAACAAGACCCCCAAUUUCGAAUCGAAAAUCACCAUCAACACGUGCUUCAGUUCGAAUCUGAUGCGAGCCCCCCAUCACGAACCGCCCACCUUCGACGUACCCUCUCUCAACGUCAACACGCAAGACGUUACCGGCCAGCCUUUACUGAAGAAUAUAAUACAACAGCAAAUUCUAUCGGAUAGACCCGUCAUAUCCGCUUCUCCAGUGCUACUGAGCAUCCCGCCGCCCCAAUUAGUCCAGUCGAGCACUCUGGUAUUGAAUUCCACAGCACCAGCGUCUAUAUUAACUACAGUUAAUAUCCCACCGCCUUGUUUACCUACGGUCGAAUUAGCUAGCAUUCCUCCACCGAAUCCCAUACAAAUCCAGAACAUACCGCAGCCGGAGCCUUUGAACGCAACGAAUAUACCCCAACCGGCUCCCAUACAAGUCCAAAACAUCCCAACACCCGCCUCGUUACAACUAAACAAAAUACCCACCCCCAAACCGUUGGAUCUCCUAUCGAUACCCACCCCUGUCGACGAAGGGCUCUCCAGCGCGGAUUUCAUCAAGAACAUCCCGCCUCCGAACAAAUCCGUGCCGCCGCCGAUCAUCCAAGACGCGCAAAUCGUGCUGCCCCACGGCGCCGCCAUGUCGGUGCCUCCGACGCAGAACGUGCUGAUCCACAAUCUGCCGCCGCCCAACGGCAUGGACGCGUUCGCCGCGGUGACGCUGGCGCUGCCGCUGGCCGCCGCCCCAGCCAUACCGUCGCUGAUGGCGCAGCCGAUCCUGCCGCCGCCCGGGCUGAUCAACGUGAACGUGAGCUGCCCGCCGCCGAUGCUGCCGUUCGUCACGCAGCCGCCGCCGCAGAUGCUGGGCGCCGUUCCGCCGCCGGGUUUCAAAGAGGAAGCGACAGUUUUCCCCACAGGUACGCCAGAGUACGAGGCGAUGGCGUCUUUGGGACGCAUGGUGGCCGAAUGCGGAGACGCUUUCGAGGACGUCGUUCGUCAACGAAAAGAACAAGAUCCGAGAUUGUGGUUCCUGCUCGACAGGGAUUCGACUGCCUACAAGGAGUACCGGCGGUUCGUAGACAACGUCAAGAUCGAAUUGAGAUGCUCCAAGGAGAUAAAGCAGCCCAAGGCAGAGGAUAUUUACGAACCGGAAAUGGCGCUCGAAGACAACGACGAUAGAGAGAUGAGGAUUGAUAACCAAAGUGAAGAAAGUUCGGAUAGGAAGAGAAAAAGACGAAGCAGAUGGGGCGAUCAGGAUUGCGGUGUAGCUCCACCUGUAAUGGUAUUUGCAGGAGCACCACCGCCUCUUCCUCAACUAUCCAUACCCCCUCACACACAGAACCAAACUCCGGUAUUUCUAUCGAAACUGACCAGAACGGAUCCGGGAUUGAUCCAGUACGCAAUAAACACCUACGGCUCGACGAAUCUAACGGAAGAGGAUUGGAAGAAGACCGAAGACAACUACAAAGUCAGCUUGAUAUACCAAGACAUGUUGAAGAAAAAGGCGGAAACCGAGCGACUGAAGAUGGCCGGGAAAAAUAAAUACGAAUACGAUUCGGACGAGGAAAUCGACGGUGGUACUUGGGAGCACAAAAAACGGGAAAAAGUACAUGAUGUCGACGCAGAAUUGGGCGCAGGAUCUCACCAAGCACGCCGAAGGCAAGCACCACAUCGGCGACUUCCUGCCGCCCGACGAGCUGAAGAAGUUCAUGGAGAAGACGAGCGCGAUGAAGGAGGGCCGGAUGCCCUGCCAUUCGGACUACAAGGAGUUCCAGAUCAAGGAGGACAACGUGGGUUUCAAGAUGCUGCAGAAGCUCGGGUGGUCCGAAGGCGAGGGUCUCGGAACGAGCGGGACUGGGAUCAUCGAACCGAUCAAUAAAGGGGCGCCUAGAGAACAUACGCAAGGAUUGGGUUUGAACGAACCCCAGGAGGACGAAGACGAGUAUCAGUCGUACAGGAAGAGGAUGAUGUUGGCUUAUAGAUUUAGGCCGAAUCCUCUGGUAAGAAUCUAAAGCGAUUUUCGUUAUCUAAAGAAUCUAAAGCGAACGUUAUUUUUAGAAUAACCCAAGGAGACCGUAUUAUUAGUGUUACGUUAGAUUAUUUUUCUUUGUAUUAUAGUGUACAUAGUUGGUUGCCAUAAUGUAAAAAUUGAUUCUAAUAAAAUUAUGUUUAAAUUCGCGUUUUUAUUACUUAUUGAUUAAUAAUAACAUGUUUUUUUUUUCUCUUUAGGACAAUCGCACAAUAUAAUUUUCAUAAAAAAUACCACUUUAACAAAUAACGCUUUCGGAAAUUAUCUAAAUUAAAAAAAUAAUUUAAAUAAAUAAAAAAAAAUGCAUACACGAAUCCGAUUCAAUUGGUGUAAUUUCAUUUUAAACCUAGGAAUUGUUCAUACCCUAAAAACGUUUUCACUAAUCGACUACAGCUCUAGAUGGCUGUCGUCCUCUUUCUCAGGUUUUUCGGUGGUUCCAGCGGGUUCGGGCUGUUCCGCGGCCGCCUCCGGUUUCGUAACGUUCUCGGCCUCUUUUCCCUCAGUCUUUUCUGUUGUGUUAGAGCUGGCUUCCUCUUUGACCGGCUUUUCGAUCUUCUUGGGCUUCCACAACUUGGCCUUGUUAAGCAUGUACUUGACUUCCCUGUCCAAAGCGGCCAUCUUGUCCAUAAUGGAUUUUAUUGUCAUCUUGAUGGGUUCGCUCUUCUUCAUCGCUUCUUGUUCUUUCGCGGAUUUGUCCUUCCACUCCUGCGUGUCUUUUAUAAGCUUCUCCAACGUUUCCACUUCCACGUCGGUAAAUAUGUCCUUCUCGGGAUUGGCGCUCUUCGUGACGUUCUUAGCACCUAGCAGGAAGUUCGAGGAAUGAUUGAGGAGCGAUUCGAGCGCUUUUAUAGCCUCGGGCCGCUCUUUAUGUUCGAACACCCUGCCCAGCAGGUCCUUUGUGAGCAAGUUCAAUUCGUCGAGUUUCUUUUCGUAUGUAUCCGCAUCCGCGUCGGACCCUUCCUCGUACAGCCACUCCGACACCAACGAACAAGCCGCCCGGAUUUUCUCGAUCUCCUCCGGACUUCCCGCUUCUUUAUACUCGUCUUCGUCGAGUUUAGUUUGUAUUUCGACCACGAAGCUUUCCAGAUUAUUCAGCGCCGAAGCCCUGCGGUUCAUCUCCCUCUCCGCUCGGUCCAGCGCCUCCAGUUUCUCCAGAGAUUUGGCGAGCUGUUUCUUGUCCAAAGCGUAGGCGUUGAACAGCAUUUCGUUCGUUUUGAUCGGCUCUUUGAUUGUCACGAUUUUCGGUUUGAGCUCUUUGCUCGGUUUGUCCGUGGCGUUUUUCGACGUUUCGUUUACCGGUUUUUUCGGUUCGGUUUUCUCUUCGCUCGGUUUUUCCUCCUCCGAUGGCUUCUCUUCGGUCGAUUCUUCCUUUUUGUCCUCUGCGGGUUCCUCUUUGGUUUUCUCCUCGACCGGCUUCUCUUCCUCGCCGCCGAACAGCUUACUGAAUGUACUUCCUGCAAAAUUCAAAAUGAAGUUAUUCGAAUAGUAGUUCAAUUAUCCCUAGAAUCUGUAGCUUUCAUCUCGUAUUUAAAAUACUCGCCUAACUUCGACAAAGUGCCUUCUUCCUCGUCGGGCAGGAUAGUCUUCUCGACCACCAAAUCGGCGUUGACGAAAUUCAACAGGCCGGAAUCGUCCAUGGCGAAAUGGGCUUUGAUGCCUUUGGUUUCGGCGUUUUCGCCGGUAUUCUUCUCCAACGCCUCGGCCACUCCGACCAGAUUGUACUCCGAUAUGUUACUCGAUCCCAGGUAUUGGCGUUCUUCGGGCGAGAGAUGCUCGAGAUCGGCGUAGUUGACGGUGAACGCGAAAUCCACGGUGUUCUUGUUGAACGUGAUGAUCUUCUUCUGCGGAUAGGGAUUCAUGAGGCCGAAGAGGGUGCGUUUCACUUGCUUCG